GGGAGCGGCCGGGGACCCUCGCGGCGCAGGAGACUUCGAAAGAAGAUUCCCGGCCCGGUUUCUGAGGCGCCCGCUUCAGCCUCGAGGAAGAUAGCACCUGUCCCCCUCGGCGUCAGCAUUCCAGAUCGUCCACCUCUCUCCCCCGUGUGGCCUGCAGCUCCGGGAGAACCCGUCCUGGCUGGACCCCGGGCCGGAGUGAUUCUCGCCCACGUCCCCGUACCCAACUGCCGUGGUGAAUUUAGGUCGCCGCUCCUGUUUAGAGCGGCCGCACAGUGCCCAUACUAGCGAGGGCGUUAAUUUGCCCUGAGACUCCCCCCGGACAGACGGCUGCCGCUGGAAGUGCAGGCCACUGCAGCAGAGUCCACCGAGGCACGCGUUCCUCCUGCUGCGGGCCUUCUGUGGUCGACGUCCGUCAUGCAGAACCUCGGCUGCCUGAUGACGUUGUGGAGGCCUUUGGUAUCUGCAGCGCCAGACGCCAUCAAGAAAACCUUCAGUUAGAAGAAAGACUUCAUCAUCUCAAGAAAGAAGCUAUUACUUGCUGCUAUAGAAGAACAGUUCUGUUUUACCUGGAACUUAUUCCUGCAGAGUGAAGAAAGGUGGAGGACUACUACCAGACGUUUAGACGUGCUUACAAUAAGGCACAUGGAAGAAGUGAAAGAAAAGCCCAACUGAAAGAGGUUGAAGAAAUGUUGUGGCAAGAAGGCUUAUCUGAAAUAGCACUGAGCAGCCCCAGUGAACAAAUUGCCUAUUUGCUGGCAGAGAGACGCACAUUCUUAAGGAAACUGGAACUUGCAGACCCCAAGUCAGAGGCACACAGAUCCAUGAGCAGUAACCUACAGAAAGAAUUUCCACAGUCUUACAAUAAAGACCUAGAAACAGAUAAACCACCAUACAACAGCCUAGAGAGAAACAUGGAACCAGCGACAAAGACAGGGAUGGCCCUGGAAGAGUUCCGGAGGCUCACUGAUGAAGUACAAGCGAAGGAGAAAGAGCAGAGUAAAUUAGGGUCAGCUGAACUACAGAAAGCAAAGGAACAUAAUCAGAGACUGAACGAAGAAAUUCUGGCCUUAAGAAACCGGGUUCGAUCACUAAACUUAGAAAAAAAAAUGCUUGGGGAAGAGGUUGAAAGGCUUAAAGGAGAGAUUCAUGACUCUCAAAAGAAUGAGCAAGUUGGACACUACUCCCCCAGAAAAAUUGUGGGUGCUGAACAGGGAGUACAGAGAACUAAGAAGCACAAACUGGAAUCAGAAGGAUGUUUAUAUUCAUUGCCUAGAGAAAAUUUUAAAGUACAGCAGCAAGAGGAACUUCACCAACUUCGCCAGAAUUUGCACCGGGUCCAGAAUCUGUGUAACUCAGCUGAAAAAGAGCUUCGAUAUGAACGAGGAAAGAACUUGGACUUAAAGCAACAUAAUAGCUUACUUCAGGAAGAAAACGCCAAGCUAAAAAUUGAGCUAAAGCAGGCCCAGCAGAAGUCACUAGACAGCACAAAGAUGUGCUCCUCUCUCACGGCAGAGUGGAAGCACUGUCAGCAGAAAAUCAAGGAACUGGAGCUGGAAAUACUUGCACAGGCUCAGAGCAUGCGGUCACAGGACAAGCUGCUGGCUCAGGAGAAGUCUAAAGUUGCUGAUGCCGAGGAAAAGAUUUUGAAUCUGAAGCAGAAAUCAGAAAAUGUUCAGAAGGUUGAUGUCACAGACACAUAUAUUUUGGAGAAGAAACAACGAGAGGGAGAAAUCAAAGAAGCGCUGGACAAUGAAGCAAAGGCCAAGCAGCAAUGUCAGGAGGAACAGCAGAGGAGGAAACUCCUAGAGGAGAAUAUAAAUGAGCUCCAAAGACAAGUGAUAGCCUUACAGGAUAAAGAUAGUCGCUUGGAAGUGACCAGUUCGCAGCAACAAUUAAAAAUUCAACAACAAGAGACCCUUCUGGAAAAUGAAAAAAGAAAAUCUGAUGAGCAUCUCAAGAACAACCAGGAGCUGUCAGCGAUGUUGUCUGCAUUGCAGCAAGAGAAGGAAGCUCUACAUAAAGAAUGUGGGAAACUGUUAAGCCAACUUGAUACCCAUAUGAGACAGCAUAAUGAGAAGCAUCACAACCAGAAGAUCAAGAAUCACAAACUCAAGGGUCUCUUAGACCAAGAAGUAUACCAACGAGAUGAGAGAAUCAAACAACUGGAGAAUGAAGCUGCUAUACUGCGACAACAAGUGGAAAAGGAGAAGUCGUUCCAGGACCAGGUCAUCACUCAAAACAAUGCCUUGAUCCUAGAAAAAAGGAAACUUCUGGAGCAGCUUACAAGCCAAGAGAGACUGAUCCGUGAGAACAAAUGGACAAUCUCUUCGGUGCAGAGCAGAGUAGUUUUCCUGGAUAAAGAAAAUAUGCAAUUACAGGAAAACAGGAUCCGGCUCACACACCAAGUCAGCCUUUUAGAACACGUUAUAAGAAGUAUCCAGAGCCAAGGAGGAGAGGAAACAACAAUUAGUGAAAUCCCUGAGUUUGAAGUAUUGAGUAAGAUGCCUUUACCAAAUAACAGUUCCUCAGAAACAGGGAUGGUGGAGUCUAUUGGAAGUCUGCAAGAGACUGAAGAACAAAAGUCCGAAGAGGCAAGAGCGAGCCCAAUGUCCCCUGAGCUUCUUCCGUGUUCACGGCGUUCUGGACUCGGAUACAUGAGCGUGGCGUAUUUGAAAGGGGCGCACAGAGUCCAAAAACGAGAUCAAAAGGCAGAACUAUAAAAUCCCUGCUUUCAUAGACUGCACAGAAGCUUGGGCAAGAGGAGGGGCCUGACACGGGGAAGGGCUGCCGUGGAUCCCCACUGGCCAUCAACUAGAGCCAUUAAACCAGUUCUAAAAAUA